GGGGGCAUGUGCGUUAGAUCUGGGCUAAUGGUGUGACACCUAGACUGGUCGAUCAUAUCCAAUGACAGAGAAACCUGGAUCGACAGAGGCUUCUGACUGACGUUCUUCUUCCCAGACUUGCAGGGGGCGGGCUUUGGUAUAUCGAACGACAAAGCGCGUACCUCAACGAGGCGGAUGUCCACGAGCCACGUUGGCAGUCUGUGUUCUAUGGGGAGGAUUAUGACAGGCUAACGAGGAUCAAGGGUACGUAUGACGAAGACGGGAUAUUCUACGGACCAACCGCAGUGGGAAAUGAGCGGACAGGCAGUUGUGCAGGGUUGGACAGGAAGAGAAGUAGUUAAAUGGAACGAGACCGCGCUCGCUUUCUUUGUCUUCUCCAGACAAAGAAUCAAAACGGAUUUGAGGCCUUCUACUCCUUCUUUCUCCCGACAACCUUCGAUCAAUCAUCCUUCACAUCCCCCCUCAGCCAGGAUGUCCGUCAGGCUCAUCAUCACCAGUUCCCGUAAGCCCGGCCUCUCGCCUGAAGCCUUCAAAUUCCUCUACGAAGUGCACGUCGACCUAAUCAAGCGCCUCGCCCCUGACACCUUCCCACUCUGCCAUCGCCGCAGCUAUCUCGCUCGUACGACCGUCUCCUCCCCUCCUGACGAUGCCACCUCGCGGAAUCGCAACACCCCAGCAACCGUGCUGAGAGGCGCGCAGUCUGACUUUGACUUCGAUGCAACGGCGGAACUCACCUUUGUCGACCAGGCCGCGUUUGAACGUUUUGCAGCCAGGAUGCAAGAGCCUCAUGUGGCCGAGGAAAUUGGCGCUGACGAGGAGCAGUUUCUGGAGCGGUCAACCGUUGCGAUUGCGAUGAUUGAUGGGGUGUGUGAGACAAAGAAGGAUUGAUAGUCCUGGGGAGGGGGAUUCCAAGUAUCGGCUAUGAGGGAUGAUGAUGCUCUUCAUGUUAAAUAAAUCGUAGCCUGAG